UCUCCAUCAUGAGGCUGGUGUGGAAGUCCCUGGACAAGAUGAGGUGUUUCCGUAAACGCUCCACCAUCCCCUUCCUGGGGGUCCUGAUCACAUGUCUUCUGUUCUUCAACCUGUACAUGGAGGAUGGAUACGUCUUGGCGGGUAAAAGACAGCUGAUGCACCCUUCAAACUCUGAGAGAUAUGUUCACAACUUUAGAGACCUCACGAAUUUCUCUGGAACCAUAAACGUCACAUACCGUUACCUCGCUGGGAAUCCACUGCCCCGAAAAAAAUAUCUAACCAUUGGGUUGUCAUCUGUGAAAAGAAAAAAAGGGAAUUACCUGAUGGAGACGAUCAAAUCCAUUUUUGACCAGUCCAGUUAUGAGGAACUGAAAGAGAUUGUGGUGGUGGUUCACCUGGCAGACUUUGACAUGGCCUGGUGUGAAAAGCUGGUGCAGGACAUCUCCAGGAAGUUUGCCCACCACAUCAUCGCUGGACAUCUCCUGGUGAUCCAUGCCCCUGAAGAAUACUACCCAUCACUGGAUGGGCUGAAAAGGAACUACAACGACCCAGAGGACAGGGUACGCUUCCGCUCCAAGCAGAACGUGGACUACGCCUUCCUUCUCAACUUCUGCACCAACCUCUCAGAUUUUUACAUGAUGCUGGAGGACGAUGUGCUCUGCUCACGGAACUUCUUAACAUCCCUGAAGAAGGUGGUCACCUCCAGGGAAGGCUCCUACUGGGUGAUGCUGGAAUUCUCCAAGCUUGGCUACAUAGGGAAGCUCUACCAAUCAAGAGACCUGCCGCGCCUGGUCCACUUCCUGCUCAUGUUCUACCAGGAGAUGCCUUGCGACUGGCUCCUUAUUCACUUCCGGGGCCUGUUGGCCCAGAAAAAUGUGAUCCGCUUCAAGCCCUCUCUGUUCCAGCACAUGGGCUACUACUCCUCAUAUAAGGGAGCAGAGAACAAGUUGAAGGAUGAUGACUUUGAAGAGGACUCUAUUGAUAUCCCUGACAACCCUCCUGCCAGCCUGUACACUAACAUGAAUGUAUUUGAAAACUAUGACGCCACCAAGGCUUAUAGCAGUGUGGACGAAUACUUUUGGGGGAAACCCCCCUCUACCGGAGACUUCUUUGUCAUUGUCUUUCACGAACCAAGCAAUAUUAGCAAUAUCAAAAUCUUGACAGGAACGGACGAUCGUCAGAAUGACAUCCUGCACCAUGGAGCUCUGGAAGUAGGAGAGAAGCUGGUGGGGACAAAGAGAGGAAGGCAGUGUUCUUCCUACAUCACGUUAGGGGAGUUUAAAAAUGGCAACAUUGACGUUCAAGACGUGGACCACAAGAUUGCCUUUGACAUCCAGUGUGUUCGCAUUGUGGUGACUGCCAGUCAGAAUGAAUGGCUGAUUAUUAGGAAAAUAAGUCUGUGGACGACAUAGUUGGCACACAGAGGGCCCAUACUAUCUGGACUAAAGUGUUGUAUUCAUUUAUAUAUAUUGAUUAUAUUGGAUGCUCUAUGGUUUAUAUUCCUUUUUACUUUGCAUACUGUAGCCUACAUUUUUUAGAAUCUGAAACAAUUAGACUAUUGGGUUGUCAACAUCGUAUGUUUUUCAUAAAAUAA